GCAAGACAGGGGAGGUGUGAAGGUUUCAUAUGUCACGUCCUAUUAGCGAGCUACCUCCAUUCAAGGCUAGCGAUUUCAAACUAGUCCAGAGGGAAUCUUCGGCCAAGAAGAGUGUUGAUACUGCCAUUACUGAGAAAGUCAUUGUUGGCAAAGAAAAGGGGAGAAAGGCUGUCGAAAAGGUUAGUUUUGAUUCCAACGAUAGUAGUAGCAAUGAGUCUAGUGACAAUGAGGCCUCAUCCAAGUGCGAGAAUGGUUUCGAGCGAGGAGGCAAAGAUGAAGGUUUCUAUGGCAACAUAGACAUAAAUAGGGUUGCAUCCGAAGAGUUUGAGUUGGAUGUAGGCGAUGCUGCAAAGAGGUAUGUUUCUAGCAAAAACAAAAUGGAUGUUGACAAGCCAACCAUGAGUGCAGCAAAGAAGGUUGUCAGUUCCAACAAAGCUGGGCAUACUGGCCAACCAUCCUCUAUUCCAACCAAGUCAAGUGAGGCUGUUGAUUUCACUACAAGGCUACUCAAGAACUUAGCAAAGGCGUACCUUAGUAAGGUUGAGUUCGGCAUGGCUAGAGAUGACACAAUUAGGAACUUGGACGAGCCGAUUAAGGAGCAAGCAAAGCACGUUGAAGAGAUUAAAAAGUCCUUGGUUGAAACAAAGGAACUUGUUCUCAAGUUGGAAGAAGGAUUGAUGCUAGCCAAAGCAUACUUGGAAUUGCUCAACCAAGAAAAAGAGCACCUGAGUUCUAACAAUGUGACUGAGCUUCGCUAGACUUGCAUCGAGACUGCAAAGGUUUUUGGAGAUGAGCCUAGUCCUUUCUAGCCAUGAGUAGCUACAUAUCCCAACUUUUCCUCGUCUUUUAUUCUACUUUCUUCGUAGUGUGAUGACUAUUGGCGAUAUCGUCAUGAUGUGACCCUUCUGUUGUGUUUGUCUUGGGUUAAACAUCUUUAUAUCUAGCAAAGUCUGGACUUUGUUGCUUGUCUGCUAGCUUUCAUCAUGAUUUGUGGUUUUCUAUUGUGCUGAAUAUAGCAAUUGGACAAAU